CUCCUUACGGGCAGGCGCCAGCUCGGCCAAACAACCCGGGUUCACCGAUUGCCCCGUGCGCGCCUCGCUGGCAGAGGCGGGAGUUCACUUAGCAAGACGCCAGCUUCCGUGCUCACUUCCCGGGAGAGCUCCAGUCGCACCAGAACCCCGAGCCCGUAAGCCGCGCGCCGCCGCCCGCCAUGAGUGUCCCGGUGCGAGCGGGCCCAAGCAACUGGAGGCGGGCAGCCACCUUAGUGCUGGCGGCGGGCUGGACGCGCCCGGUCCCCGCCGCCCCAUCGAGGCCCCAGCCACCCGCCGAGGGAUUCCGGGUGCUGCUGCUGCAGCGCUCCGCUAGCCAAGGCUUCUUGCCCGGGGCGCACGUCUUCCCGGGCGGGGUGCUGGAGGCGGCAGACCGUUCGACCGAUUGGCUGCGCCUCUUCGCGCCGCACCACUGGCCCCCCCGCUUUGGCCUGGGUCCCGCGCCGCCCCAGCGCGCCGCCUUCCCGGUGCUGCCCAACGUCCGGCCGGGAGCCGUGGACGAGGACGCGGCGGCGCUACCGGAUGACAUCGCCUUCCGCAUCUGCGCCAUCCGCGAGGCAUUCGAGGAGGCGGGCGUGCUGCUGCUGCGGCCCAGGGGCCCCCGGCCCCCUGAUCAGGCGCCAGGCUGCGCCCUCGCGCCGCCGCCCGCCCUGGCCGACUGGCGCGCGCGCGUCCGCCGGGACCCGCGGCACUUCCUGAGCCUGUGCGCGGAGCUCGACUGCACUCCCGACAUCUGGGCGCUGCGCGACUGGAGCGGCUGGAUCACGCCCUUCUCACGCCCCGGCGGCCGCCGCUUCGAGACCACCUUCUUCCUGUGCUGCCUGAACGAGCCGCCGCCGGUCUUCCCCGACUUAGUGGAGGUGGUGGACUGCCAGUGGUCGUCUCCAUCAGAGGCAAUUGAAAGCCUCAUAUCCAAGGAAGUUUUGCUUGCACCCCCACAGUUCUACGAAAUACGUAGACUAGGAAACUUUGCCUCUCUCUCUGACUUGCACAAAUUUUCUUUGGAUCGUGAAUCAGAAGGAACGGAAAGAUGGAUGCCAAUCAUAUUGUUCACUGCUGAUGGGACGAUCCAUCUUUUACCAGGAGAUGAGAUGUACUCAGAAGAUUCAAACUUUUUGGAAAACUGUAUGUCCACUGGAAAAAAGACUGAAGAGAUCAUGAACGAAGGCAAGACAUUUCACCGAAUAGUGCUGUAUAAUUCCCACAAUUAUGGAGAUUAUACAGGUUAUAGCAUCCAUGUGACAGUUCUGCCAAAGUAUAAACAUGUUUAUCCUAAGAGCUUUGUAAUGGGUAAGAGCCGUCUGUAGAGAACAGCUUCUUUAUAAACUGGCCCACUUGUAGUUGUUCGAGUCAAAACUGAGGGUUGAUUACAUGUGCCUGGAACCUAAGGAACUUUAUUCCUGUAAGUUCUAGGACAGUCUCUCCUAUCUCAAGCGUAUUGUGUAGCUCUGUUAUUCUUUAAACCUUAUAGUAUCACACUAGUAUAAGGUAUUAAUGUUUUGUUACCAAAAAGAGAAAACAAAUUCACAGAGAUUUCCACUUCUGUGUUGUUCUGUUAUCGAAAGUUUAAAUAGGAUAUUUCUCCUGUAUUGUCUUUUAACUGUACUAGGAUACUACUUUAUAUGCUAGGAGUUUGAUCCAUUAAUUCCUUAGACUUUCUGCUGGAAUUGAUUUAAGGGGGUCUGAUUAGACACAUGGUGAUCAGAAGAGUGAGAUGACCUUCAAGUGACAGUGUCAUUACUUUCUUAUGAAUUUAGCUUGAUUAAGAUGUAAUUCCGUUAAAACUAAACGGCAUAAGUUAUUAGUUUACCAAAUUGGAAGUUACUUUAGUGAUUGCUGUAAAGAAAUAUGAAGCCAUAAGAGAAGUCAUAACUUUUAUUUUGGAGUGCUACUUGACAGAAUACAAAGAGGUUAUUAGAGAGACGCAGAACUAUUCAUCAUCAGUCGUGCUUAUUAAUGGUUAUUUAUUGUCAGUGUUUUUCAUAUGGGUAAUUUUUUUUACCUCCUCUUAAGAGGAAUAAUCUUUAUUGAUUACAGAUGGGAAAUGGUUAAGAAGAAACCAGUUCUAUUUCAGAUCUUUGACUAUCUUGUGCAUUGUAUCGAUACAUUUAAUUUCACUUUUCAUGAAAAGUAUUGAUAAAUGAAGACUUCCCUGUAGCUCAAAUGGUAAAGAGUCUGCCUGCAAUGCAGGAGACCAGGAUUCAAUCCCUGGUUUGGGAAGUUCCUCUAGAGAAGGGAAUGGCAAUCCACUCCAGUACUCUUGCCUGGAGAAUUCCAUGGACAGAGAAGCCUGGGGGACGCUCGUGGGGUCACAAAGAGUCACACAGGACUAGGCGGCUAACACACACACAGAGGAAGACAUCCAGACCAGUGGUUCUCAGCCCCAGGCACUAUUGCCCUUUAGGGGCAUCUGGCAGUGUCUGGGAAUGUUUUUGGGUUGUCACAACUGAGAGUGAGAUGCUACUACCAUCUAGUGGAGAGAGGCCAGGGAUACAGUUAAAUAUCCUGGAACGCACAGGACAGCCACCCACAGUGAAGAAUUAUCUGGUCACGGUUGAGAAACUCUGAUCUAGAGUAAAAUCUACUGUCUUCAGUAAAUGAUUCCAACAUGUAAAUUUUGAGAGCAACAAAUAGUGUUUGCAUUCUAUCUGGCGUCUAAAUCUAUAGCAGUUCUCCUUACUGAUGUUUAGCCUCGGGCGUCCUAUUCUUUCAUUCUCUUUGAAAACAGAAUGUUACAGCUGAGAGAGACCUCAGUCAACACCGUGAUUUUGCCGAUGAGAAAACUGAGAAGCAGAUUCACCCAGCUGGUUAGCACCACAGCCAAGAGUAGAACGUGAUUCUACUACUAGCAGGUGGUAUCUGUCGCCUGGCAGUAGAGGCCUGAUCAUGUCUGCCCGCCACAUCUUGGUACUGUAGUCACCAGGGAAACCACGAUAGAGCCCAGCAUUGGAUGGAACAGUGCUUGACUCAUUUACUCAAAGCAGCAAGGCCAGCUUUUGAACGACUUCUAGAAGAAUCUAAAAUUGGGCUGGUGUCAGUAUUUCAGGCUAGCAUGUCCUUAUCCUCACAGUUCUUUGUCAAUAUAAAACAAGAGUGUCCUGUAAUGUGGGAGAAAAAAUAAGGACUUGAAUGUAAGGGGACCUAUCUCCUGGAGGAUAAUUUGUCAGAGGAGCCCACAUACAUGGGCAUAUGUAGGUCACAUCCUUUUAAAAGGAAAUUACUUGCCUUCCACUUUCUUUUUUCCCUUCUCACUGGCUGGAAAUGGUGGCAACUGGAGCAGCUACUCCAGACCCAGAGACAGAAGCCUGCUACUUGGAUUGCUCACCUCUUGCUUGUUAUGUGAAGACAGAUACACUUCUAUUUCAUAUAAGCCACUGUAUUUUAGGAUCUCUUUGUUAAAACAGUUUAGCUUGUUCCCUAAUCUAUACUUUUCCCUCCUAAGCAGGUUCCCUUGGUAUAGCCUUCCCUGGAAGUCUAACAGUUAUUGAAGCAAAAAUCUUGGUCAUUUGUGAUUCCACCUUUUCCUUCAUUCCUAUAUCCAGGUGACUAUCAAGUCCUGCUGAUCUGUUAUACACAAUUAUCUUGAAAUUCCCAUCUUCCCACCUCUGCACUGCUAUCACGUUGGUUUGAGCCACAGUUGACUCUUUCUUAACCAACUGUAAGAGCUUCAGAGCCAGUCUCCAUUUUCUUUCUUCCCCUCAAUGCAUUCCUCUUGGAAAAAUGAACUUGACAUUGAAAUGAUGUCACUGCCCUCAUUAAAGUCCUUCAAUGGCUUUCUUCACACUCAAACACUAAAUUUGUGGUCUACAAGGCCCCACCUUUUUCUCUGAUGCCAUCAAGCACCCCUCUCCCUCUGCACCCCCCUCAGAGGAUCUUCUUUCUGUUCUUGACUGCUCAGAGUUCUUUCCACCUCAGAAACUUAGUACAUACUGUUGCCUUGAGACAAGCCUGGAUCUCUGAACUGUUUUUGUUCUUGGGUCUCCUUGUUACUAAAGCUUCAGAAAAACAGAUAUUAAGAACAGAGGUUGGGGGACUUCCCUGGUGGUCAGGUGACUAAGGUUUCAAGCUUCCAGAGCAGGGAACCAGGUUUGAUCCCAGGUCAGGGAACUAGAUCCUGCAUGCUGCAACUGAAGAUCCCUCAUGCCACAGUGAAGACUGAAUAUCCUGCGUUCUGCAACUAAGACCCAGCUCCGCCAAAUUAAAAAAGAGGUUGGGCAUCCAAUAUGUGGAUUAUUGGCAUGUCUAGAUGAAAGUUCCAGAACAAAUAGAAGACAAGCAUUAUUUAUAGAAUGACUUUUUCUUGAGCUAAAGGAAAAUGUUGAUCUUCAGAUAAAAAGAUCCCACUGUGGUCAAAACAAAAAUAACAAAAAUUGUUCAAUACUCAGAUGACAUUUUGAAUUUUAAAGAUAGAGAAAUCAGAUUUUCAAGGAGAGAAAGAAAAGAUUACUUACAAAGGCACAAAAUCAUCUUAGUGUGUAUCACACAGUAAUGUGAUACACUGGAUAGUAUAUAUAAUAUGCUGAGGAGAAAAGGACAUAUGUGUUCACUAAUUUUAUAUCAGCCAUAUGUAUGAGCCACAGAAAUAAUCCUUGUUUAUAUAUGGGCUUUGGAGAGUCCCAAGCUCUGAAGAAGUGAUUUGAUAGAAAUAACUAAAAGAUGAUUCAAAAUAAAAAGUUUUGAAUUAGAGCUGCAUGGUAGAAGUCCUGAUGGUGAAUAUGGAAAUAAAAUACAGGAGCAAGUGUAACUAUUUAAAUAUGGCUCAAAAGCACUGCAGAUGUUAAAAAUAAUUAAAGAUUUAACCUACUUUAUUUUAAAAAGAUACCCUUUUCCAUAAAAAUUUUGUUCAGUAAUUCCAGAUAGUGUUAUCAUUAAUAGGAAGUGGCUGUGGGAGGAAUAAGAAAAACAAAACAUGAAAGGAGGGAAUCAUUAGCUGUAGUUUUGAGAUAAUACUUGUUUAAAUAUUUUGGAAUGCAAAAAUGGCUAUUAGAAUUUAAAGGUCACUUUUCAAAUCAGUCAAAAGCAAGGCACAACCCCUAAGGCAGAGACAGAAAACAUGAAAAUGGCUAUCAAACAAAAGCUUAGAAUAAGACAAUUCACAUAGAAAUAAACAUCAGCCAUGCUGAUAUGCAAAAAUGGGUUAAAUGUAUUGGAUGAUAAGGAAUCUUAUGUUUUUAAAUCUAAUUAUCUAGAAGAACUUGGAAAAGAAAACUAAAUAAAGCCCAAAUGCAGCAGAAGGAAGAAAAUAAUAAUAGAAAUUAGAGCAAAAGUAAAUUAUGUAGAGAUAGGAAAACAAUAGAAAAGGCCAACAAAACUAAGAAUUGGUUUUAUGAAAAGAUAUUGAAUUGAAAGUCACUCAGUCAUGUCCGACUCUUUGCAACCCUAUGGACUAUACAGUCCGUGGAAUUCUCCAGGCCAGAAUACUGGCGUGGGUAGCCUUUCCCUUCUCCAGGGGAUCUUUCCAACCCAGGGAUCAAACCCAGGUCUCCCCCAUUGCAGGCAGAUUCUUUACCAGCUGAGCCACAAGGGAAGCCCAUGAAAAGGUAAAUAAUUGGCCAACCAUUAGCUAAACUAACCAAGAAAAAAAAAAAAGAG